AUGUUACUACCACUGUUUAUGGUACCAGAGGCCCUUACCGAACUUGCCCAGGACCCAAUUGCUUCCAUCCUUGGCAUCGAGGCUCAAGCAGACCUCUCCAACCCUAGCCACACAUUCUGCCCCGGGCACAAAUGUCAAUCCCGUACGGACACUGACCUGACUAAACCUAUAAAGCCAAAUAUGGAACCAGGGAUCUCCAACCAGUCAUUCAUUUUCUCCUACACUGACUUUACUCUCUUGGGUUUCCCUGGGAUAUCUCGAUGGAGGCCCCUCCUGGCAAUCCCAUUCUUUUCCAUCUACUUAGUGAUCCUGAGUGGGAAUUCUCUCCUCAUCUGCCUCAUCUGCAUUAAGAAGACCCUCCAUUCCCCCAUGUAUUUCCUCAUCUCUUUGCUCUUUGCCAUCAACAUCACCAGCAUUACUACCACAUUGCCAAAAUUCCUCCUAGACCUGUUAUUCCAUCUCAACCAAGUUUCCCUGACUGGCUGUCUUCUGCAGAUGUUUGUUAUUUAUUUUGUGACAGCCUGUGAGUCUACUGUGCUCCUAUUAAUGUCCUCAGACAGAUACGUAGCAAUCUGUAGGCCACUGCGUUACCAUAACAUCAUGACCACAAGUUUCUUGGCCUGGCUCACAGUCAUUGUAAUCAUUCGGAACUGCCUCCUUAUCUGCCCACUGAUCGUACUUAUCUCUAUGGUCCAGUUCUGCAGGUCGAAUGUCAUCCUGAACUUUGCAUGUGAAAACAUGGCGCUUCUCAGUCUUGGAUGUGGAGACACCACCAAACCCCAGAUUGCUGGGCUGAUUGUGCGCAUCAUUGCUACUGUACUUGAUGGUAGCCUCCUCUUGAUUUCCUACUCAACCAUACUCUACACAGCCAUGAAAACUGCUACUGGGAAAUCCCGACACAAAGCUCUUAACACCUGUGGGACCCACUUACUGGUGGCAAUGGUGGUCUACCUGUGUGCGCUGGCAUCUACAAUAGUGCAGAGAAUGGAGACAUCCAUUUCAACUGACAUUAAGAAUCUGUUCAUUGCUCUGUACCUAAUCAUCCCAGCUCUCCUAAAUCCCUUUAUAUAUGGAUUCCGAGUGUCAGAGAUCAGAAAGAGCCUGCUGGGAUACUGGAGAGAAAGAAAGAAUGUAUUCUCCUCAUCAUAA